CUUACUCUGCCUGAACUGGCUGUACGGGACAAUGCUCGGCAGGCACGGGAAGCUGACACUAGGGGCGCUCUCCGGUGCAGGUAAGGAAUGCCAUCUGGGAUGAGAGAAUGUAAUGCAUACAGCAAGGGUCCAGGGAAGGCCUACAACUCCUAAUUCACUAAUCAAUUAUAAAACUUUAACACUUGUGUUUUUGUUUGUUGCUGCCAAGCCUUUGACAGCUAAUGGUUAAGUAUGUGGUUGUUGUCUUCAUUUUGCUGUGCAGAUGUGCUAGAAUUGUGCUUUGCUUGUGUCUCUUAAAAAAUAUUGUGAGUUGGUUGAUUAGCCCUUUAUUGCCAUAGUGAGCAAUGCAUUGCAUUCACAUCUGGAAAGCAGAUGGUCAAAACAGUUGCUCUUUUAAACUCAAUUGCUUAGUGUGCCAUUACUUCUGUUUGUAACAUACUGUAGCUCGUCAUAUAUACUAUUUGGGAAUGUGUCUAGCCUGUCAAAGGAACAUUGCCUCGUUUACCUUAAGCCAUUAUGGUGCUGUUUUAAAACUAGUGGGUAGCUGAUAGUGCUUCUUAUCCUACAGUUUCUUUCCUAGAUUUAUUUUGUAAUGUUAACAAAGGAUUUAUGAGGGGGAGCAAUAUGGUGGGGCACAUGUUUGCUUGUGUGGUAUAGCCAUAGACUAAAAUCAUUUUGCAAAGAGGAACAUGUUACAGUACCAUUUAUAUAAAAGUAGGUGCAUUUUAUGAGAUGAGAAAUUUGUGAGGGCAUCACUUAUUUUGAGCAUGUCUCAGAAACAGUCUGCAAUAACAUGUAAUGAGGCCUGUUCAACAACAGCAAGACAUAAAUUAACAACUGAUAUGCUCAAUGUAACAAAAUAAUGGAUGUUUAUUCCAGCUCCAUGGCAUCUUGCUGUUUAAUUAAUUAAGGAUGAAAAUGCAGUUUCAAAUGUGUGUUAAGUUGUGUCCUAGAAACAUAGAAUGUGACGGCAGAUAAGAACCAUUAGGCCCAUCUAGUCUGCCCAAUUUUCUAAAUACUUUUAUUAGUCCCUAGCCUUAUCUUAUGGUUAGGAUAGCCUUAUGCCUAUCCCACGCAUGCUUAAACUCCUUUACUGUGUUAACCUCUACCACUUCAGCUGGAAGGCUAUUCCAUGCAUCCACUACCCUCUCAGUAAAGUAAUACUUCUUGAUAUUACUUUUAAACCUUUGUCCCUCUAAUUUAAGACUAUGUCCUCUUGUGGUAGUUUUUCUUCUUUUAAAUAUAGUCUCCUCCUUUACUGUGUUGAUUCCCUUUAUGGAUUUAAAUGUUUCUAUCAUAUGCCCCGUCUCGUCUUUCCUCCUAGCUAUAAAUGUUAAAAUUCUUUAACCUUUUCUGGUAAGUUGUAUCCUGCAAUCCAUGAACCAGUUUAGUAGCCCUUCUCUGAACUCUCUCUAAAGUAUCAAUAUCCUUCUGGAGAUACGGUCUCCAGUACUACGUACAAUACUCCAAGUGAUGUCUCACCAGUGUUCUGUACAAUGGCAUGAGCAUUUCCCUCUUUCUACUGCUAAUACCUCUCCCUAUACAACCAAGCAUUCUGCCAGCAUUUCCUGCUGCUCUAUUACAUUGUCUGCCUACCUUUAAGUCAUCUGAAAUAAUUACCCCCUAAAUCCCUUUCCUCAGAUGUUGAGGUUAGUACUGUGUCAGAAUAUAUACAUUUACACAUAUAUAUUGUACUUCUGAUGAUAUGCAGGCUAUUCCACAAUUUACAAUUAUUUUACAAUUGUAGAAUAGGGAUAAGUGACAGCAAGUAGUUAACAUACAGAAUAUUAAAACAGUUAUUUUAACAACUAAUUUUUCCUUAAAAUAACUUUAAAUAAAAUUAAUUUAUUAUUACUAUUAGAUGUUCUUUCUUUUGGAAGUCAACGGGCAGUGAUACAUUCUAUUAAAGUAUUUUAUUGUUUUGUAAAUGUGUAUGGAAAAGAGAUUUAUUUACUAAAAGGGCAAUUGCAGUCAUAUGAAAACUAAUAUUGUAAAAUUAACCUCAAACAGGAGGAAAAAAACGAACUAGUUCAUUUAUAGUACUAACUAGAUGGUUUUAGCGUAAAUUUAGCAAAUACCAUGUUUCAGUUGACCACAGUUCACUGUUUAGUAAGUAUGCUUUUUAUCCCACCCGGCCUGGUGAUUCUUACCCUGUGGUAAAAGUCACCCCCAUAUAGACUUUGUUCUUUUGUUCUCUGUGACCGUGCUAAGUGAUUCUGAAUUAAUUACUGCACUAGUAUUUGGUGACUCUCACGCUCUGUGAACCCAGCGCCCCUUUCUGCUGUAAUACUUUACAUUCCUAUGCGGCCUGCCACCCACCAGCUUCAGAGCAUGACCUCUUGUUUAGCCUAAACUUUAUCUGGAGCUCUGCUGUUGUUCUGGAAUAAUGACUCAUCCUACUUUUUCACGUUUUAGAAUAAAAAAUCAGCCAAUUAGGAUUCACUUCACUUUCAAGACAUCAUAUUUUCUGCAAGUGAUUUUCAGGAACACUCUAGGAACCAACACCACUUAAUGUCAAUAAAGUAGUUGUGGUGCCCAUAGUCCACCAGCGCCUUCGUACCUUUUAGUGUUAAGCCAUUUUUGAAUGGUUAGGCACUUAAGUCAGGCUUACUGUACUCCGCAUUUACUUGAGCAACGGUGAUGGACACUAUCACUGGCCAGCAUGUGAUGCUUCAGAAAUAAAUGAGUAAAGCAUUAUUUGCUAUUAACUAUCAGCGAUAGUAUGACACUCUCAAUAUGUCUUUGAGAGCUGUAGAGGGGAAUAAGCUAGUCUGGCACCUGAGGGACUCCACUUAAGUGUUAAACCAUCCACUGGCUCUUUUUUAAAGGUUAGAAGGUGCCAGUGGACUCCAGGAACCAAAACCAUUUCAGUGACAUGAAAUGUGAGAAACACUGCAGCCUUCUCGCAAAAGUCUGGCUAUGGGUUUACUGAAUAGUAGUAGGAAGAAAUAAUGGUCUUGGAGAAAAUUCUUCCAGUCUGUUAUUCAAUAACAAUGAGACAAUUACCCACAAUCCCACAGAUCCCAAGUUGAAAAAGACUUGCACUCUUGAUCAGGGACACUUGGGAGGUAUUCUUCAUGUUUUCUAGUUUGUGAUCUUUGCUGAAUGAAAGAUGAACCCUUAUAUUGAAGAUCUACAAAUGGGUUUCAUUAGGUAUAAAUAUUUCUCCUUUAUACUAAUUACUCUCCCUAUUGACUCUACAUCUGGUUGGCCUUUGCCAUUAUGAGGUAGAUGUCUACAAUAGCUUUUAAGCAGAAUUGCUAAGGGCAAACAUGGCACUGAAAUUGAAAGACUAGGGACUUUUAGAGAAACAAAUGUUAUGAGCUAUUGGGUAAACAUUAGACACACUAAUUGGUUCUUAUCUGUUUGUCUGUAUCUUUAGAAGUAAAAACACAAAGAUCCUUUCUUUUUAUACCAAAGAUAAAAGAUCAUAUCCCAUUGUAGCCAUUGCUUUUCUUGUAAAUUACAGUAAGUGUGUAAUAAAAAAAAAUGGCAUAGUUGGCAUAGUAUAAUGUUAUUUUUUUUUUUUUUUGUACAAAUUGUUUAGAUUUUUUCGACCCAACAAAAACAUAAUAAAUAAAACAUUUUCAGCAGUUCAGUUUCAGAGGCACUGUUUUGGAGACUAUUCACCAAAUGCACCAUGCUUUCCAUUUUGCAAAUCCACCAUUGAAUUGAUCUGAAUGAGGUCUGAUUAUUUAAAAAAAAUAGCUUACUAGGUCAAAAUUUGCUUGUAAAUGAGGUCCCAAGCAAUUAUCAAUUUAGUCCUAAAUUAGAGAAAUAAAUCUUCAAAGUAAUAAUAAGAUAACGAUAGAUAAAAAAAAAGCAGUAAAUAAAAGGAAAUAGUUGCAUGCCCCCCUAUCCUCACUCCUGGUGGCAAAAUUAGGGUUAAUAAAAACGAGCUUUGUUCAUCUGUCAGGUACUUUAAAUGAAUACUUUCUGUUUCCUAUUUGUUCUCAUAGUGUGCAAUUUCUUUCUUACAGUAGCAUUGGGAUUUGGUAUAGGUAGUAAAAUGGAAAGUGGAUUUUACAGAGUGAUUGUGUGAGGGAAUACUGAGUGAGCAUCUAUCUGACUGUUAAAAUUACUGGGAACACCUAAGCGACCAGUGGCCCUGGGCAGUUACUUGAGACAACAUGGCAACAAGGAAAUGGCUUGCUACAAUGAGGCUGUCUCUGGGAGGAAAGGAGUUGUUUAGAAAAUCAGGCAUUGUGGGCUGAAUAGUUCAGUCUGUCUAGUCUAUCAGCAGACGGUUUAGAGAGGAUCAGAGAGAUGGCAAUGGUGAGACGGGUGUGCAUUAAUGUCUUGUCAUAAAGUAUGCCAAAAACAUGAGAUCAGACAGAGGAACAUAUGAUAAGAGAUUUAAGAUAUGGCUUAAAAAACAGUGUGUCUUGUAUAUAUGUGUGUGUAGCUCUGUAACACUUUAUGUAACCAUUGUGCAGGACUGCGGAAUAUGUGGACACUUUGUAAAUAAUAUACAUAUUUAUCAUUGCAUUCAUUCCAUCUUUUUAAAACAAUGCAGUGGAAAUGCCAUCUUAUGCUGUAACAGUGCUACUCUCAUAAAACACAACAUUAAAGAAGCAUUCCUAAUUUCAGCACUCUGUAUAAUAGGAACAUUGGGGUUAUAGAAAGUAUUUACAUUGGAGAGUACUUAGUGUUUGCAUGUACAUACUAACAUAAUACCCCUAAUUCCAGUUUUAGUGUAUAGGGUAUUAUCUACAUGGAUUUGGAGAAUAUUCACCCUCAAGCUGUUGUGAACUGUCUCCCCUGUCAUUCUCCGUCAAGAAAAACUGAGAAUGAUAAGUGUUAACUGUCCACAGUGUAUCACUUGUCAACAUAAGCUUUUGCAAUAGUUUAUUUGGAGAGAUAUACGACUCUUGUUAUGUAGCACAGAUAAUUAAUCUCAGCAAAAUUAUAAUUUUCAAUCUGCCCUUAUUACGCUGCCAUUCUUAAUUGUGGUUUAUGAUUACUUGUCAACUGAUGUGCACAUGGUUUAGCAUAGAAUGGUUGCCAUGGUGGCUCUAUAUAAGCUCUUUGGCCUGUGGUCAGUGGAUGAGGAUUAUUAAUUUAGUGACCCCAGUAGUAUUUUACAAAGUUCAACCUGUGUAAAAACAUAAGGAUACCUUUAUGCAUGUUAUUUAUUAAACACACAUUUUAGACAGUUUAAACAAACAAACAAUAAAAAUUGCUUUUAUCAUAACCUUGAUGAAGUCGUAUGUCACAGUAGAUAACACUAUGAGUGUCCUAGCAAAUAUAUUUUUUUGCCAAAAUAAGCAAGAGGCUUAUUGAAUGGCAAAUUUAAGCAAGAGAACUCAUUGGGUGAGAUUGAAACCUUGGGGUCUAUUAAAAAAACAAACAAAAAAAUAAAAACAACCAAAGGGGAGGAGAAUCUCCAAGAGAGCUACAAAGUCACCUUUUACAGCACAACUCGGGUUUGGUUAAAGCUGGGUUCAACAAGAAUUUUAGCUGAGUGGAUAUUACAAAUUUAGUAUCUUGGAUAUUGAGCAAGCUCUGUUUUUAACCAACUUGAAAAUCAAGCCGGCCCAAUUGUACAUUUCACGUUAUAUAUUCUUGAUGUACAUAUAUAACUAAAUAAAGCCACAUGCAUUUAUCUUCCAUAGAGAUUAUCCUACAAAGCAGUAAAAACACAAGUAAGUAAAGGGAAAAUAGAGGGGGAAAAACUCUGGAUCUCUUGUGGCAACUAUGUUAACUGGGGUCUCCUCAUCACUGAUACCAUGCACAAAAUUUAGUGGCCUGUAAAAAAAAAAAAAAACAGGGUUCCUGAACUCUUCUUCGACUACGGAUACUCACCAAGUGUUCUCAUUGCCUUACGCAAUGCCUGACGGACACUUGGUGUCAUGAUGUGGUGGUGUGUAGUUAGGACACAACAUUAUAAAUGAGCAGAGGGCUAAGUGGACAGACAUAUUUUAUCCUAUUUCUGGAAUAAGAGUCCUUAGAGACCAAUGGAUAGAGCCAUUUGGAUGAUGAAGGGGUCUACAUGAAUUAUUUGGGGGAAAUGUCUGGAUCCCUAUUAUUGUUAGAAUACCCACUCUGUUUCACAUAUUAUUAAGAAACACUUCUCGUUUAUUUAUUUUUUAAACUCUGUGCCCUGAAGUCUUAUUUUCCUACAUCGACACUCUGGAUGUUGAUGCUUUUUGUAUUGUUUUACAAAUUAGAUGGAAGAUGAUCAGUUUAGCUGUAUCUGCUGGACUCUUACCCCAUAACCCAGGAGAAAGGACUCCUAUUGAGAAAAAAAAAAAAUAGAAAAAUCUGGCUAAUGCAUAUUGGGUAUCAGUUAUCAGCAUAGGAGAGCAUAUUAAAUGGCCUCCUGCAGGUGUUAGUGUGAGCUAUUAAUGUAAGGUCAAUUAAGUAUAGCAUUUGCAAGAAGCCCGGGGGCACACAGUACUUGUAGUAUAUGUUUUCUCUAAAGCCCGAGGAGUUAAAAUGACUCCAUAACUGGUUAUUGCUCAUGUAGUGGGUAACCCAAAAGGGUUAAAUGUCACUCUAGUUAACAAAACACUUGGAAAAGGACAGGAGGGAAAUUCUAGCAUGGAAAACUAGUUUUUAGUGAAAGAUCAAUAAACACAGUUCUGUGUGGCUGAGAGGAAUAUGUCAUAAAACUGUCUCUAAAAUAAGUAUAAAAAAAUAGGCAUAGGUAAGCAGUAAAUGGCGGGGUUUAAGCCAUAUGGAUGUGACACAACCUUUUAGAUGGAGGCAGAGCACAGUUGGCUUUUGUUUCUUAGGCUGCAUUAAUGAAGGGUCCCCCAACCACCAACUGCACAGGAUGCUUCUGAGCAAUAAAACAGCAGAAUCUGGAGGCUCAGAAUACCAGACACACCAUACAUUCCCACAGUACGGUGAUGGCUGAACCUUGGCAUAGUAGCUGUUUUUGGUUCAGUUUUUGUUAAAAUCCAAAAAAUGGUUCCAUUCUGAGCACAAAGGUAGAGCAGAGUUUAGCAACAUUUCUUUAAUUAAAAUGUAUGUAAUCCCCUACCACUGCCUUUAGGCUAGGGGUAGGGAUUAAACUCCACUAUACCACUAAAUAUCAACCCAAAUCUAAAGGCGGGAGUAUAAGCUUUAUUUUGGUUAAAUAAGGGAAGAAUUUCAGGUAGAAAUCCAGCAGAAUUCUUGCCAUGCUGUGUCCAGAAUAGAACUUGUGUCAGUAACAAGGGUAUAAUAGAUAUGUACCAACUUCUUAUUGAUGUAAAAAUGUCUGCCUAAUUACCAUUAUAAUAUAACGGUAAUGAUAGUCAAUAUGUAGUGGACAGGGCUUCACACUACUCGUUUUAUGGAGUCUCAUUCCUUGCAGAUUGUCGAAGAACUGUGUCCUUCCCCAGAUAUUUAUUUAACAAUUCUUUAACAAUGCCUUUGUCAAGAACACUUUAGAUACUUUAGCAGUCUAAUAAUAAUUGAUAAUUAAGUUGUAAAAUAGACAUUAGUUUAGAAUACAAUGAAUUAUAAAACAAUUAGGUUACAUAGAACAAGAAGAUAAUGUAUGAUAAGCAAUAACUAAAUGGCUUAUCAGAAUAUUCUCGUGGAGGAAAAGAUGGAUCCACUGAAGGAGAGGUCACUGGGACAAUGGAUAUUCUGUAGGUUGGCUUUUAACACUUUUAAAUGCAUGAUGUAACUAUAAAUUCCAUUGCAUGUAGUGUAUCUUUUGGUGUGUGCCCUUUUCGCACGAUAGACAGAAUGCACUCCUGUUGUAAAUAACAAAGUCUGGGGCCUUUCGAGAAAAAAUGUUGUGGGUCUCCAAUCAUAUUAGAGUAUCUAGCUGUGAGAUACAGAUAGCUGUGUGUUUCCAUACUGGGGCAGAGAGGUAUGCGUGCCCACAUUAUGUUCCUGUUACUGACGUCAUUGGAAUUGUACAUUCCACAGAGAGUGUCCUGGAGACUCGGGGUUUGGGCUAUGUUGUGAUGUGGGUGCAUUGUACCGGGGAAUCCGUGAGCUGGAUGCCUGCCCUACUACAAGGGCUGUGUUUUAUUUUAGCCAGAGUGACUCAUCAGCUGCUACAUUGAGAUGUGUAAAGACAGCCUCUGAAUUUCCCAUUAUACAGCCUUAGAAAUGCCAUGGGUUUUUACUCUACAUGUGACUCUCCUGUAAUAAUUCUGGAUCCCCAGAAAAUCGCAGGAGCACCUUAUAAAAGCAAUCAGGCACAAAGCAGGGGUGUAAUUCGCCAAAGUCCCGGGUCUUCUCACAACAGGUACGAAUAGUCAGGUUUGCUGUUAGCAGAUUGGCGAGUUUUUCUGAGUUGGCAGCGAACACCCCGAUUGAUCAGAACAAACUGGGAUAAUGAGGUACAGUCUGCCCUAUUUAGGAGCUCUGGAGAUAUUCUAAGAAUUCACUCUUUAUACUUUAUUGUGUGAUGUGUUGUGUCUGCUCUCGAUGCCAUUCAUAUGUAUAUAAGCCAAAUCCUGCUCAUUAUCUGUAUUGUCUGUACAGUGAAUGUAGUGUGACACACUUUUUUUUGUAAGAGAAUGCAGUAAUGCUGCCAGUCCAGUUAUUCUGCAUUAUCCUGCAUUAUCCUGCAUGCUAAAGCUAUCCAUGUGUCAUUUUGGAACUAUGGCAAAAACGCUGCUUGCAACAUUGUUACUGUGUAAGGAAAGCCAGAAAGGGGCGGGCCAUGGCGGGACAGGGACAGUACUGGCUGGGAACAGGUGAGACUGGGCAGGUAUUAGGUAGGUAAUGGAGUAAAGUGCAAGGGGGCCGGGCCAGCACAGUGAGGAGGGCUUUUAAAGAAGAUUGCCUUCAUACCAUCGUUAGUCAGUCAGUCACUCAUGUACUCUCUCACAGCACUCCUACACUCAUUAAGGUAUGUGUCUUCAUUUCUAAUGUAUCUGUUUCUUCUUCUAUAGUAUGUAUAUAUUUAUACACAGGGCUCCCAUUUUCUGACAGUCAAUUUACUUGAGACUAGUGAGAAUAUAAUUUAGACAAGUCAAAUGUUAGCCUUAAUAUUGCAGUGCUUCUAGAAAUAAUUACGGACUAGUAAUUAUUUAUAUAUAUAUAUAUAUAUAUAUAUAUAUAUAUAUAUAUAUAUACACACACACACACACACACACACACACACUGAAUAACUGAAUAUAUAAAAUUUUAAACAAAAACUCUUAAUUAGAAAAAUAAAAUCCAAAUUCAUUUAUAUUACCAAUUUGUUCAUUCUUGUGUAAAUUGUGCAAUUUCGUUUUCUGCUUUAUUCAUCACAACUUCUUUUUUAGUGAAUAAUCAUUGUGAUACAUUUGUCCGCCCUGUAUGGUAUCCAUCGUAUAAUAGGCUAUUAUUUUAUGUUGUAUAAGUGUAACCAUUAAAUGAUAAUUACCAGUGAGUUUCAUGUACAUUUUCACAGUUUGUUGAGCACUUUAAGAUUGAAUGAAGGUUAUCUGUGACAGAUAACGUGUAUGUGCUUAAAGGAUGUAGAUAUGGAUUGCUAGAAGUAUAUAGGUUAUCAUGUACGUUUAUCUCAUUAUAUAUGCAGUAUCUAUAGUAAUUUUUAAUGCAAUUUGUGUUUCCCUGGUAACUCCAUAUAAUAAUUUAUUGCUUUGUCUAUAAAUCUCCUUAUACACUUUUUUAGGAUCUAUGAUUGUGUUCUUCCAUGAAUGACAUAGGGGCUUUUACUGAAUAGGUGGAUAAAGAUAUUCCAAUAUGUGUAAUAUGAUGGAAAGCAAAAUAUAUAAUCUUCUAGUUGUGCAUAGAAGAUACCCCAAAAAUUAAGAUAGCUUAACAGAUUUUUAGUAUUCUUGUUUUUUCUUGUUUUUGUUUUUUUAACAAAGAUAUGCUUUCAACUGAUAGAUAUUUAUACAUAGUCCUACAAACAGAAGUAACAGUAAGGCAUGUUUGGCUAUAGGUAUAUGGGUGUUUUCUAUAUUUAACUUUGUUUUUGAUUACAUUUUGUCAGUUGUCAUUUUACACCCCCAGAUCACUGUUUAGUGAAAACACUCCAUUGUAUUCCUGUUUGAAGUUAUUGGAUGUCUACCUAGUCCUCACUUGUUUAUAUCUUGUAAUCUUGGAAAACAAUUCUGAAAAUGCUGCCGAGCCUAUAAAUCCACUUAAAAAACUUUAUAGAGUAGAGAAAUUCCUCUGUCUCCAUUCACCUUUAACCUGUUAAGUUGUCCAUGUAAUCUGUUCUCACAUACUCCUGUUGUACUUUUGCAGGUAAUUCUAAGGACUGUGUGCUGGUUGGCACUAGUGCCGUAUAUCGGAAGCUCAUGGAUCCUAGCUUGGAUAGCUGUAACCAUGUGGUCCCUAGAUAUGACUGUGGAAAGCAUACAAGUAAAAAAGCUGCAGUGGCACGUGCACGGCUUGAGAAGUCGGAGUCAGAAGAUUCAGGGGUGGAACUGCCACCAAACUCACCUUUUGGAUCUGAGAAAAGCUACGGUCAGGAGGAACCUGAAAGCAUAGAUGUGGCAUACCCUGAGGAGCAAAAGCAUCUCAGAACCUCUGCCCGUAAGAAGUCAGACAGCUUUGUAGAUUCUUCUUCCGAGGAGACAGAUAUUGUGGACUUAACCAUGCCUCUUAAGAUUGAGAAGUUUAAGGUCCAUCGAUAUGGGGAUAUAACCCUACAGCGGGAGAGGGAUAUGUCCGGUUUGCCCCAUAAGCUGGAGCAGGCAGUGCUCCGGAGCAGGAGACAAAGGCUGAGCAGUCGAGAACCAACCCAGAACAGGACAAACUGGAGUAACAGACACUACCAGGGUUCACUCAAGGAUCAACGUAGGGGGACACCGUUAUUCCACAAGACAAGAAGUCCAACCAGAUCUCACAAUGAAAAUGAGGUGGGUAAUUGAUAGAGAAAUUUGAGUGGUUAGAACAAAAACUUGGGGUCCCCAAGGCACUUGUAAAACAGCCCUAUCUACACAGAAGCAAUAUUAUUUAACCCAUAUUUUAACAAUAUUCAUUAGCUUAGUUGGUCAUCUGAAACACACACUGAACCAUUGAGUAGGCACAGACACAUAUGGAAUUAAUAUUGAUAAUAUGGAAGUGGAAUGUGUAAUGUAGUUUUUAUAUUGCGUAAAGUGUUCCUUUGACAUGAAGUUGUGACUGUAUGUAAAUGUUGCUGGGAGAAAAAUAAGCAAGGACCUGGUUAAGUUCUAAAUGUUCAGUAAAUAGCAGGACUGUGACAUUGAAUUCCACAGUGAUUGUCUCACUUUUGGCAUUUUAACCACAAACAUUGUGUUGAAGAGACCUUAUUCAAGAUUAACUAAAUUGGAUUAAAAGUACUCUCCACUGCCAAAAACAAACCACUGUUUAGUAGAUAUUCCCCUAAUUGAAAACGUGCAUGCAUUUAAUUAUGCAUUUUUUUUUUUUUCAUUGGGAGUAUAUCUAAAAGCAGCUUGCAAAAGCUGCAGAUAUCUUGUCUGCUGCCUAUGCAAGCCCUCCCUUUCUUUGGCUGUCAAUCGCAGACUUCCAAAUGCAGCUAAAUGAGAAGUCUUUGCAAGGCAGGUUCUCUGGGCAAUUGCUGCCUUUUGAUUUUACCACCACUAAGAUAACCAAACCAGGAAGUAUAAGGACCUGUUGUCUGCUUGAAGGUCAGGCGGUGUAAUAAGGUUAAUUUAUAAAAGUGCCAAUUUAUAUUAAAAGCUGCACUUUUUUGUAAAAAAAGAAAAAGAAAAAAAGAGGACACACUCUUCACACGCAGAGUACUUCAGCAAGCUUAAAUGCUAAAUCAGCUUGGAGUGUGCCUUUAAACAGUUUAAAAGUUUGAAAUGCAUCCGUAUAAUAAACGUCUCCUUACUCCCAUAUUGCAGGAACAUGAUCCUUUACACCUGCCAGGAGAUGGCCUGCGGUAUCUGGAGAACCUUUGUGACAUGCUGGAGCAGAUAGCCGAACUACAGAAACAAAAUCAAAGGCUACAACAUGAGAAGAGACAGUCUCAGGAGAGACUGCAAAACAGAGUGAGUGUUUCAGUUUAUUGAAAGGGACAGUCAACAUCAUAGAUUCCCCUGGGUAAUCAAGUUAAGGAAUGGGCUGUCAGAGAAAAUUAUGGUUAAAGCUUUUCAGUCAAAACCUAUUAAUAUGAUGUGAUUUACUUGAAUAUAGUGCAAGCGGGGCUGCGACACCUGUUCCUUGUGGGGAUUUAAAGGUUCCCCCUGAUAAAGCUUGUAUGCUGCUGAAAUUGUGGAUUUAGUUAGUUUUCUGAGUGCAAAGCUUUCUAUAUAUUCAUACUUGAGCUGUCCCUGUGUGUGAUUGUAUAGCUUUGGAUGAAUAAUACCAUUCCCUAAGAGAUACUUGAAAACUAGAGAUAUCUCAAUGUAUUCUCCCUGAUAAAGUAUCUUAUAAAUACAUAAAUCCAAUGAACCAAUGUUCUAUUGCGCUCUUUGUGUCAUUGUAUUAACUUGUAAUGCCAAGUACUUUGUGCUCUACAGCUCCUCCUGUGUUCUAUUGUAUUACAGCUAUAAUAGAUACUAACUCAAUUUAGCAUUGUUCCAGUUUCUUUGUUAUGAUACACAUAUGUUUAUAAAGUAUUACAUGGUUAUUCACUUCUAAGUGAGAAUCAAAAGUGAGUUUCAAAUUUAAGGUGAAAAUACUGGAAAAAUUCUCCAAUUGAGGUAUGCUUCAAAUUCAGCUACUUAAACUUUAAAUUCGAAAUUCACUUUUUAUUCUCACUGUAGUGCAUAACCAUGUAUGUUACAAAACCCAUGCACUACAGCUCACUCAGUGCAUCAGGGGAUAGGAAAAGCCCCCAUUCCUCUAGACUCCCAACUGCUUUAUCUUUUAGAAUUCUAACCUGUGUACCCGUUCCUUUCAGGUACUGUUUAAUGAUUCAUGCCAGUGCAGCAGCUCCCAUUCCUGCAGAGUUACAGAGGGUGAUGCCCCUGAUGGCUCCCACCCGUGUAUAAGGACCUGGGAAAAUCAGAUUUAUAGGAAAAGGGCCAGUUCCCACACAGGCAUACUCAGGAACUUUCCACAGCAACCAAGUGAGUGUCAACCCCAAGAAGUACAGUUCAACAAUCUAAUUAUUGAAUAAAGGAGAGAGAGAGUGUGUGUGUGUUUUCUAACUAGAAAUUGUUUGUUUUUUUGCAGGUAACAGGCUGAUUGAAACAGAUAAAACACAACCGCAUUUUGUUAGUGUCCCAAACCUGCAGGAGAAUAAUGCGCACAGCCGAGAUCAAUGCAGGGUAAGCUUACUGAUAUCAAUACUAUCUCACACUGGCACUCUCCCUAAUCCACAGGAUAUUACACAUGUGCUGGAUGUUUCAAAAUCCAAAAAGCCUUAGAUCAGCUUGGUUAGAGGCUGAGCUCAAAGAGUCUUGGUCAAGCACCAGUUCUCCUCUGCUACCAUCAUCUGUGUCAAUGAAAUUAGAUUUGGCAGCACCACCUCAGUGAAAUAAAGUGUGAUUUAUGCUUGGUCAGAGAAUUUAUAACCUAUUGUAAAGUGGUAACUUUGAUAGUUACUGGCUGAAGUUAAAGGAAUAGUUGUGUUAAAAAAGGUAUGCCUUGUACAUUCGAUUGUAAAAGGAGAUACAUACCAAAGAUAAGGAUAAUGUCCACUAAAUAGGUGUAUAAAGGUUGAUGUUACAUGUAAGAAAAAUACAAUAAAACCAUUGACAUGUUGGUGUUAAGACUAGGGCUAUAAAUUGAUCCGAAACGAAAUGCUUCAAUCAGUCACUAAAGCAUGUAUGGUGCUGCAAUUUUUUGAGUGUGAAUAUAAAAUAGUAAGUAAUAGGUCCUAAAUUUGCUGCUCAGCUCUUUAUCCUUUAUGUGGUUAAGAAAAUGAGCAUUGUUAAGUUCCUGGUACUUUUCCUGAUUUAAUAACGUAAUAUUGUUAUUGGUAUAUUACGUCAAACUGUUCUUUUUGUACAUUUUACAGGUAGAGGUUUCACAGUGGGACAAAAUGAAGGAUCUGAUCUUCAAGCUAUCACGUAAAGCUUCAUCAUCAUCGGUGGGCUCGGCGUCUGCAAGCACUAGGCAUAAUUACAGGUAAUAAUUCUUUAAGUUGCCCAGGGAAUGGUAUCGUUAGACAAUUGUUUCCCUUCCGACUUGUGAACUACACCACCCAUAAUGCUCUGCCAGCCUAUGGCCAAAAGAUUACUAUGGGAUAUGUAAUAAAAUAGCACAUGGAAAGCAACUGCUUGCAACACCCUGGUUUAACGUGUGUGCUUAUAUUGAGAGUAAAAUCAUUCCUCUAUUCCGCAUGAACCUACAGUCUUUAUGAUAUAUAGAAUACUGAUUUGGACUUAUCCUAGUGGCAUAGAUGGCACACAUCUUAUUACACCCAUCUGUCCAUUUAACGUAACACAUUUUCCCAUAAAAUAAUAGUGGAUAGUGGGAGGUGUAGAGGCCAUGUCAAAUUGUUUGGAUUUAUAACAAAUCCUUCUCUCAUCAGGUCACAGAAUCAUUCUGAUGCUCCGUCCAAUGCUCCUCGAAGACGUUUUCUUCCUGGCCUGGUCAUUAGACCAUCCCGCAAACAGGGACAGCAGUACCGGUGAAAAAGCUAAAAGAUCUUUGCCUGGUGGAUAACAAGCAAGGGAAGAAAACUGCCCAUAAGAAUGUAUUAACACCCUGCUCACAAUGCAUCCAGCUGUUGUCAGAUGAAAUUGUCAGAUGAUGAGGAUUAACAGCAGAUUCAAGUUGGGUGCGGGACCUGACUUGACACAUGGUGCACACAGCUUUGCCCAAUUAAUGUCUGUAUUCAGUUGGGAAGUGAGUGCAGAGGAACAUGUUAUGAUAUGGAGCUAAAAUGGACUAGGAGAAGUAACCCAUUUCACUCAGUGAUAAUUUGAACUGGAGGACUGAAAUACACAGAGGAGAAAUGUUUAUCUCACAUUGUUUAUAAACACCCAUUGUUAAUAUUGUAUAUGUGUGUAAUAUGUAAAUACAGAUUAAGACUACCAUAUACAUUUUUUUAAUAACUAUUAAUUGUCUACAUG